CUUCGCAAUCAAUCGCGUCCCAUACUUCCCUUACCACUCACUCUGAUCAUCCACUCUCCCGAUCGCAUUCUCUCCGCCCUCCCCUUCCCCUCCACUCCCUCCUUGUUCGGCAACAAUGGGCGGCGCUAGAAAUAUCUCCCACGGCCGCGGCGGCGCAGGCAACAUCUUCUCCGGCCACAAUGAAUCCCGCACCACCCCAAAGGACCUCGUCACCCCCACCAUCAAACAAGACAUCUUCACCACCGGUCGCGGCGGCUCCGGUAACAUGAUGCACAAUGAUCCGGAACACCCCGAAUUAGCCCGAGAAAUGCAGGAUGUGGAGUCGCCCCCAUUGCGCAUGGAAGAAGCGCCGCACUUUAUGGGCCGAGGCGGCGCUGCAAACGCAUAUAUCCCUUCCGCGGAAGAAGAGAAGCGCGUGCGCGAACAGGAAGAGGAGCAGUUGAGGCGUGUGCGCACGCAAUCGAAGGAUCGCAGGAAGGAUGCUGAGACCGCCAGUGUCGCUGGUGAGGGUGCCGGUGCCGGUGCUGGUGGUGGGGGUGGUGAAGAACGGAAUCCGUCCAGUUGACUAGCACAUGUUUGGAGUUGAGGAUGAGGUCGGAUUUAUUGCUGGGAUGUUAUCUCUGUCAGUUGUUUCUUGCUGGCAGAUAUGGCAUGGCAAUAUAUGGCAUGGCGUGGUGAGGUAUGGGAAGAGGUGAGUGAGGGAGAGUGAGCUGCGUCCUGUCGCUCACACUAACUUACUACUUUCUUUCUUUCUUCCCCUGCUCUGGCUGCGCUGUGCUUUUCUGGCUUUGACUCUUCUCCAAACGUGUGAUUAUCGUUGCAC